GACCCACGGAGCGGAGCAGAGCAGAGCGCACAGAAAGCUGCAGCUUUUCUGGGCUUUUAGCGACCCGCCGGCUUCCUCAGCCUAUACGAACAUUUCUUUCCAACUUCAGCUACAGUGAUAGCUAAGUUUGGAAAGGCCAAAAAGGGGAAGAAACGUCGCGUUUUCUUUUGUGUUUUUUUUUUUUGUGCGUCGUCGUCGGCGACAGUUACGCGCAAGUGUGUUUUAGCCACCGCGUUCAUAGAUAGAUAAACACUUGGACAGCUUUAAAAAAAAAAUGGAUAACACUGGGCCUCGGAAGACAUGCCGCGGAUUCGUUGAAGAUUUCUUCACGUCUGCUAAAUUUCUUAUUUACUUGGGCCAUGCUCUGUCCACAUGGGGCGACCGAAUGUGGAACUUCGCCGUGGCCGUGUUCCUGGUGGAGCUGUACGGGAACAGCCUGCUGCUCACGGCCGUGUACGGGCUGGUGGUGGCCGGCUCCGUCCUCCUGCUGGGCGCCAUCAUCGGUGACUGGGUGGACAAGAACCCGAGACUCAAAGUGGCCCAGACUUCGCUGCUCGUCCAGAACAGUUGCGUUAUCCUGUGCGGGAUCCUCCUGAUGUUUGUUUUCCAGUUCAAAGAGCAGCUCACGGCGCUUUACAAUGGAUGGAUCCUGACAACCUGCUACAUUUUGGUCAUCACCAUCGCCAACAUUGCCAACCUGGCCAGCACGGCCAUGUCCAUCACCAUCCAGAGGGACUGGGUGGUGGUUGUGGCGGGUCAAGACAGCAGCAAGUUGGCAGACAUGAACGCCACGGUGAGGAUCAUCGACCAGCUGACUAACAUCCUGGCUCCCAUGCUGGUGGGCCAGAUCAUGGCGUUCGGCUCCCACUUCAUCGGCUGCGGCUUCAUCUCGGGCUGGAACCUGUGCUCCAUGUGUCUGGAGUACGCGCUGCUGUGGAAGGUCUACCAGAAGACGCCAGCGCUGGCGGUGAAAGCUGGACAGAAGGAGGCGCAGCAGCAGGAGCAGCAGCAGGAGCUGAAGCAGCUCAGUCCUCCGGGAGACUUGGAGAGCAGUCAAAGUCCCGAGGAGUCGUCUCAGCCUCUGAUGAACGAGGCGUCGGGGGUCGCCAAGGCCGACGCCCCCAAGCGGCGCGGCUGCUGCUACCAGGUGUCCGAGCCCCUGCGCACGCUGAAGGCCGGCUGGGUGGCCUACUACAACCAGAACAUCUUCUUCGCCGGCAUGUCGCUGGCCUUCCUCUACAUGACGGUGCUGGGCUUCGACUGCAUCACCACGGGUUACGCCUACACGCAGGGCCUGAACGGCUCCGUGCUCAGCCUGCUGAUGGGCGCCUCGGCCAUCUCGGGCAUCUGCGGCACCGUCGCCUUCACCUGGGUCCGUAAGAAGUGCGGCCUGAUCCGCACGGGCUUCAUCUCCGGCGCGGCCCAGCUGGCCUGCCUCAUGAUGUGCGUGGCGUCCGUCUUCGCCCCGGGGAGCCCCUUCGACCUCAGCGUGUCGCCGUUCCAGGACCUUUACAGCCACCUGAUCGGAGAGACGACGCUGCCGGAGGCCGACCACAGCCUCACCGGCGUCCUCGCCAACGUCACGACCCCCGCGCCGGCCGAAGAGCUGCCGCCGCUGCAGUCCUACCUGUCUGUUAGUCUGCUGUUUGCCGGCGUCAUUGCUGCUAGAGUUGGCCUGUGGUCUUUUGACCUGACAGUGACCCAGCUCAUCCAGGAAAAUGUGAUCGAGUCGGAGCGAGGUGUGAUCAACGGUGUCCAGAACUCCAUGAAUUACCUCUUAGAUCUGCUGCACUUCAUCAUGGUGAUUCUGGCUCCCAACCCCGAGGCCUUCGGCCUCCUGGUCAUCAUCUCCGUCUCCUUCGUGGCCAUGGGCCACAUCAUGUACUUUAGGUUUGCCUUCAAGAGCCUGGGCAGUCGUCUGUUCCUCUGCUGCUCGCCGGAGCAGAAAGUGGAAACCGGCGACAGCCCCUCACUUCCUACCACCGUCUAACGCCGCUAAAGAGACUUUGUCCUGGGUACAUACUCCUCCAGCCUUAUGCUAACCCUGUAUCUUAACUAACAUCAUUGCUUGGACCUGGCAGGCUGCUAAUGCUAAUGUAAACCAGAGUGUAGUAACUUACCGUGCUGUGCAUAGCAAAUUAACGAAGCGUUAACCAUUAGCAGAGGGAGGUGAGUCGGUGGCGUGAAGGUUUUCUGUCAGGGAGUCAGAUAAAGAGCCUCAGCUUUUCAUCUACGGAUCCAUGUUCCUGAACACACACUGUCAACAUAUUCUCCUUUGAGUAGCCUGGAUUUAGCUGGAAAGAUUUUUAAAAGGUGCUUCAGCUAAAAACAAAAAACAAAACACACAAACUAAACGAGCUAAAUGAGGGAGGAAAAGCUGCAGGGAUCAGACACCGAGGCCUUAACGAGCAGGACUGUCUGAGCUCCUCAAAGACGAAACGUUUCACAUCCGCCUCUCAGCGAGCUCAUCGGUGCUGUAGCUGUGUGCGCUGCUCCGCCUCAGUUAGUUUGCAUAUAUUUAUACACAUGUGUGAGGAGCAGGUCUUCACGCGGAGCGGAGAGAACGGGGGGCGCGAUACUUAUUUAACCAAACACACACACACACAACUGGGAUCUAGUCUCUUUAAUAUGCGCUUAUAAGGGUCGUGCAUUUAAUUGUAUUUAUUCAGGAAACGCUGACGGUGGUUUCGCACCAUUUGUAGCACUGUUGUGUUGCUUGCAUGCAGCUUCGCCGUAUGAGACACAAUAGGAAUCCUAUGCACCCUGACCAGUAGCUCUCAGUUACCAAAGUUCAUAUAUGGCAUAAAAAGGAAGUGAGGGAAACCAGUUAUGUGCAUGAAGCAUUCCAAAUGUAUGUUUUUACAUCCUGUGACAGUAGCACAACUUUAUUAGUAGUAUAUCCGAAUACUUCUGAACCCACUCCAAGAUUGUACUUCAGCUUCCCCGGCCCUUUUCUUUUUUUUUUUUUUUUUUUGUUCUCUGGAGUGAAUUUUCAGUCGUGAUUGUCAUUACUCAGGCACUUUAAAUGACCCUUAUGACAGCUUAUCAAGAAGCGUGAUCAACCAUUAGUUUUUUUUUUCUUUUUUUGUUUGCACAAAGGCCGAAGCCCUGAGACGUCCUUCCUGCACAGCUUUCACGUCGGCUUCUCUGGCAGCAGAGGCUGCGUCUGGGUGGGUUUUUUUUUUUUUUUUUUUAAAAAGGCACAUAUAUCAACAUUCAGCACCACAUGUUCAGGAGGGAAAAUUAUUGUACCAACUCCUGUUUAAAAAAAAAAAAAAGAAACGAAAAAAACCUCAGUUUCCUCAAAGAGAGCCAGGGAUCUUAGUCAGCAAAACAUGUUAGAUAUAACUUUACUGCUGCAGACUGCCAACAGACUCUGGACCUGGACUCAGCCCGAGAGGCCGGGGGGGUGGAGGGGGUUGUUCCCCUUAAUGCCGCCGUCUCUGGCUUCACGGGUUUUUGUGGCACAGAGUCAGACUUUUGCAGGAUAUCUGAGCAGAGUUUGGCAACGUUAUCGAGUCCGAGUCCGAGCGAGUCCGAGCGAGUCAGUCUGCAGGAGCAAACGUCAAAGGUGCAAAGUGAAGUGAAAACACUUCGUGCUUCAGAAACCGAUGUAAGAUCACUAACACAGGUGCAUCCCGGCCGUUUCUGACGCCUCUUUGGAAACUUGCCUUGACAGCGUUUUAACUUGGGGCCGCACACUCACCCCACCCCACAAAUGAAGUCUCUAGCCAGUCUAGCCAGAUUUCGAGCCGCGGUGGAGGAGGAGGAGGAGGAGGAGGGGGAAAUAUUUGGGUUGGAAAUGAGAGCUCACCAAACCAGAUGUAGAGGAACAGAGGAGCGAUUCAGUGUGCAGGUGUGCUGGGAACGCUGGGAAUGGAGCUCCUGCUUUCAACCUCAACAAAUAUUAGAUCCGCUGAUUCAGGAAAUAUCACACGUGGCCAUAAACUCUAUAUAUUUUUUUAUGUAAAUAACAUUAGCUGUGAGUCAGUGUAAACCUACUUUACUUUGUACAAUUGGAAAAUGUAAAACAAUAUAUAUUGUGUAUACUGUUGUUAGUCUUUGGGAUUUUUUUUUUAAGUUUUUAUAAACCUGGUGUUAACACUUUGUGAUUUUUUGUUUGAUUUUCAUUUGAAUGCAACUGUACACACUGCUUUAAUCUGACAGUAGCAGCCUCUAUAUACAGACAUAUAACAGUGUUACUGUAGUUUAGAUAGACGACAGGAUUAAAUCAUAAAGGAAUUAAAUGUAUUUUUGUGUAAUAAUUACACUCCACUGGAUGAGAGGACGUUGGUACUUGUUGAUUGUAUUGCAUGAGGUCUUUUAAAUAAAGAAAACCUUUACAAUCA